UAGAUACAAUAGGUAUUUACAAAAAAGGGAAGAAAGUAGGCUGAAAAUGGAUAGAAUUCAAACGAGGGUGGCCAAUUUGGAGGAAACGAUGAUGGAAAGAAACUCGAUGGGACUACCUCUUCCCUCUUGCUAUAAUGGUUCAGACGAUUUUCUAACGUAUUUGAAGGAGUUUAAUCGGGUGGCUACAGGGCAUGGGUGGCAACCUCCGAGAUGUUGCCAAAUCCUCCCUAUUUACUUGAGGGGUGCUGCUCUAGCAAUUUACGAGGGGAUGCCAGAGGAAGAGAAAAAUACUUGGAAGAACUUGGUUGAAGGAUUAGCUAAUAGAUUGAAGAAAAUAUCCACGAGGGAAGUGGCGAGGUUGAAAAUGAUAGAAAGAAGGCAAAAGGUGGGCGAGACCGUGGAUGAGUUUGCCCAAUCACUUCGUACCUUGGUCGAGCGGGCGUAUCCGGAUUCCUCUUUGGACGUGGAUCUUGCCGCCUUAACUCUCGAUCCGGCGGUAACAAAUAAUGUCAAGGGUGAACUGGGGAAGAUGACCAAACGGUUCAGGGACGAACAGUGUAGGGAUCGCUUCCGAGCGGGACUUUUACCAGAAAUCAAGGAAAAAAUCAUAUUCAUGGACGACCCCCGUUCCCUGAAUGAAGCAGUAUCGCAAGCGAAGCGAGUUGAGGAAUUAAAUAGUUCAAUAAAAGAGGAUGUUUGGCGAAGAACUAAGGAGGUGGAAGUAAAAGCAACCUUAGCAGAAGUUAAUGAAAUACGGGCAAAUAGGGAUCGGGAGAUGAAUGGAAUAAAAAAUGAACAAAAUUGGCACACACAAAAUUACAGACAAAAUAACUAUUCCCGAGGAAAUCAAUGGGGGCAAAGAGGAAAUAGGGGAGAAUGGCGAAGGGGGCCGGCGAAUCAAUUUCAGGCAUGGAAUCAGGGCUAUAGAGGAAACCAAAAUGCGCGGAAUUUUCGCAAUCAAAGAGGACAAAGAUGGACUCCAGGCCCCAGCAGAAACUCAAAUUCAAUCCCGGUACUGGGUGGCGGCACUAGCGGGGCUCGAGGAAGGGGCACAAAUUUUCAAAGAGGGGCAUACAGAAUAAAUGAAACCAGCUUCCCCUAUAUAUGCUUUUUGGCUAUGAUUUGUUUAAUUCUACCACUGACAAAUGGACAGUUCCAAAUUUGCCCUAAUUUCCCCGAGGGAACAGGAAUUGUCAUGAAUUUUCCAAAGGAUCAUAAUUGCACAAUCAAACUUGAGGAGAUACCGGAACUUGCUAAAAUAAACAUUUUUGUACCGAUUCGAUUGCCCAAGAAAUUCCCCGUGAUUAGGUGCCAGAAAUGGGUUGUGAGAAUGUGCACAGAGUCAUACCUGGGAAUUUACAGCAAAGAGAAGGAUGCCAAUAUAGUUUUUAUACAAAUUUCUAGGAAAGAAUGCUGGCACACCUGGGAUACUCAAUUAUUGCAGAGACGAGAGGAAAACGUCUGGCAGACCCCUAGUAACUGGGAUAAAGAGUAUUCAUUUUUUGGGGUUAAAUGCAAAAACGUAACAGGAAUAACUCUGGAAGAAGGUUCAGGGGCAAUACUUGAUGGGAGAAAAUUAGUGACUAGUUGGGGGGACGAAUUUUUAAUUAGUAAAAGACAAGAUGAAAAUGAAGGAUGGACAAAAACCCCGGAAAUUGAAGAAAUACUAAUGUGGAGGAUACCGGACCAAACUUAUUGGAAUACUCAUUUUCGGGUAGGGCCAGUGAGUGCUGAAAUUUGGUCUCCAAGAGCCAUUGUUGUUGACGAAUUGCAGUAUUCGUUUAUAUAUCACAAAAAUGCCACCCACCCUGAAAACUUGCAUGGUUUACCCGAAUUGGCAAUUCGAAUGGAAAAUGACGUCUUUGUUGAAAUAAUUAAGGAAAAAUUGGAAAAUAAAACAAGGGUCAAAAAACAAUCCGGGACUGACUUUUUAAAGAAAAACCGAAAAUUGUUUGAAGCAAGGACGUCCACACAGGGAACUACCCCGAGGGUACAAAGCAUAGAGACAACCCUUCCGGCUACGGUUAACCAAAAACCAAUAACCCGCACAGAAGAGACCAGAACACCUAUAUGGAAAGUGACCCCUUCCAUGCGAAGUUUAAUGCCAGUAACAGAAAGACCAAGGACCGUUAUUUCGACUACCACGACCCAGAAGCGAAUUCCUGCUACAAAAGAACUAAGCCUGACAACCCCAAGUAUUACCAGACUGACCACAACCACUCUGAGAGCUAGGACUACGACGAGAACGCCCCUAACCCCAACUACCUCGAGAAGAUUAAUUUUUACAACCACAGUCACCCCGAGAAAAAUCAUGACCACCAGUACCCCAAGAAUUACAAGCACCCCAAGGACCACCACGCGGAGAGUAACUUAUUCACUAAGACCCGCAACAAAAAUACGAACAUCGACCCAAAGUGCCCCUACCACGAGGAAAAUGGAAAUAACGACCAAAACCCCGGUUAUUGUGGAAAAGCCCCUGUCGAGAAUGAAGCCGGAAGGUCCGGGGGGUGAAAUAAAGAAAAUUCAGAUUCCUCAAAAACUGAUUGCGACAACAGAAAAGAGUACAACCACAGUGGUGAUAAAAAGGGACGUGUCCGAGAAGCCAUGGAUUGACCUGGGGGAUGAAAGUCACUCUAACUCCAGACUUAAUUACCUGGACUGGAAAACAGAGCAAAGAAGGGUAGUAGAAGCGAGGGAAAAAUGGAUAAACGAUUGUCAUAACAGGAAUACUCAACUGGCCAUUGCACGAACAUUAGCGAGGGAGAUGCCUGAGCAAGCGGCGCGAUCGCUUUAUAACCGGGAUGAUAUAACAGCACACUUAUUAAAUUCGCACGAAGGCCAACUGAAAUGGCAAAUAAAUAGGUGCCAGCAAGUAAAAGCUGAAUCAAUAGAAUGGAACCAGAUGAUUGGGCAGGAUUGUUACAAAGAAAUUCCCGUGACUGUAAAAAAUCGGAAAUAUUUUUUGAAACCAGGGGGGAGAGAUCUGAUGGAAGAAGGCACAAAAAUUAGUUGUUCGCGAAAGAAGAAAAUAAGUGAUCAGAAAUUGAAAAAUACCACAAAAAUGGAGGAGCUAAAUUUAAGGGAAUCUUUCAAAUCUAGUCCGCAUAUUAAUCGACAAAACCCACUCAUUUUUAAUUUGGGAAGUAUUUUUGAGUCAGAACAAAAUAGACUGGACCAAAACUUACAGGACCUUACAAAGAGAGUAAAUCGACCGGAGUUAACGUUUCCGGAAGAUGAAGCUAGUGAAGACGAAAUUACUGAAGAAAAGAACAUAACUCGCGGCACAGUUAGAGCGGUCCUGGCCCAUGGGAAUAAAGCCAUUCAAACUGUAAUAGAAAAGGGAAACGUCAUAAUAACCAAAUCAACUGAAGUCCUAGAAAAGGGUACAAAUUUUUUACAAGACCCCUUCGGAAUAAUGUCAACAAUAAAAAUGAUUGCAAUAAUAAUGGCCUGCGUCGCAAUUUUGAUAGGGCUCUGUGUGAUUUAUUGGAAAGGGAAAAUAUAUUUUAUGAUUGUUAUAAAUGGGAUGAGAACGGGAAUAAGAUUUGCAAACAUGAUGUUAAAUUUGAUUAAACCGAGAAGAAAAUUCAGACAAUCCCUUACAGUAGCCGCAGUGGAAAAGAGGCUAACCCCGACAGCGCCUUUAGCUGAGGAAAUAUUGGAGGAAGAAGCCUAUAUUCUAGAUUUUAUACCAAAAGUCUAUCAAGUAGGAUCGAAAAAACGAAGGUGUUACGUAAAUAUAAGCUUAAAUGGAAAUAAAACAAGGGCACUUUUCGAUACGGGGGCUGAUAUAACAUAUGUGAGCCAAAAAACUGCACAAUCUUGCGGAAUGAAAAUAAACAAGGGAGAUUUCCCACAAGCCUUGGCGGCUAAUUCAACACCCAUUUGCUUACUCGGGUCAUCAAAUACUUUAAUUGAGAUAGGAAACUUCCGGAAAAACUUCCCUGUACUUAUUUCAGAAAAUGAAGGAUGCCCGGGGGGAGCAAUAAUUGGCACAGAUCUCAUGGAAGAAAUAAACAGAGAGGAGGAAGAUUAUACUAUAGGAAUUGAUUUUAAAAAUGGGGAAGUACAAUUGGGGAGAAUUAAAUUGCCCAUGAUAUAUGCCGUAAACAUGGAAGAGAAGCCACUGGCAGUCCAAUUAUUAAAAACACACUUGCUUCCACCCUUAUCUGAUUCACUAGUUUGGGGGAGAGUAAACAAAGGAGUAGGGUCGGAAGAGCAAUUUAUAACUGUGGAGCGCCAACACCGAUAUUUUCCACUUCGAGUUGGCAAAUGCUUGGUUAAACCCAUGGCAAAACGAAUUGUCCCCCUUAGACUGAUGAAUUACGGAAACUCAGAAAUAAAAAUCCACGCCAACUCGAAACUUGCUGAUUUAGAACCAAUUGGAGGGGGUCCAGAAAUUAAAACAAUAAUAGAAAAAGAUGAGCUCUGUAUGACCGAUAAGGAAUGGAAAGAAUUUAAGGAGGAAGUGGACCAAAUCCCAGAAGAAGCCAAUUGGAUAAAGAAUUUACCAGAUGAACCUUUAAAUAAUCAGGAAAAACCGAUUUUCGAAAAAAUCUUCCUUGAGGGAAACAUUUUGAGCGAGGCAGGGUUACUAGAGCUAAAACAUAUUUUGGAAACAUACAAAGAGGCAUUUAUGAGAGAAGAUGGGAAAAUUGGAACCUUUAGAGGGAAAACUGUUCACAAAAUAGAUCUAACCGACGGGGCAAGACCUUUACAAAAUCGCCCUUACAGAUACCCGUUACAUUUACAAGAGGAGAUAGAGAAACAAAUAAAAAAUCUUUUAAAGCAAAAUAUCAUUCGCCCCUCAAGUUCUGCCUGGGCUUCCCCGAUAGUUUUAGCCAGAAAAUCGGAUGGAAGCUACCGAUUUUGUGUGGAUUACCGACGAUUGAAUUCGAUUACCAAAAAACAAACAUAUUUUCUCCCAAGGAUCCAGGAUUUAUUGGACUCAGCCAUGGGAAAACAAAUUUUUUCGGUAUUUGAUAUGUCAGCAGGCUUCCAUCAGAUUAAGUUGGCAAAAGGACACGAGGAAAGAAGUGCAUUUAUCUGCCACUGUGGACUUUUUGAAUACUUAAGGGUACCUUUUGGACUAUCCGGAGCCCCAACCACAUUCCAGAAGGCCAUGGAAGAAGUUAGGCAAUCCUGUUCCCGGAGCUUUCUAGUCUACCUGGAUGAUUGCAUACUAGGGUCAGAGGAUGAAAGAAGCCAUUUAAUUGAUUUGAAAGCCUUUUUACAAACAAUUAGUGAAGCAGGAUUAAAAUUGAAGCCGGAAAAAUGCAAAGUGGGCCAGGCGGAAAUAAGAUACUUGGGGCACCUAAUCUCGGCAAAUGGGAUUCGUAUCGACCCAAAAGAUCUUGAACCAAUUAUGAAAUUAAAGAAGCCCAAUACCCUGACGGAAUUGCGUUCACUUAUAGGGAUGCUGAGUUACUUCAGAAAAUUCACACCAAAUUUUGCCGAAAUAAUGAGCCCGAUAUAUGAACUAACAAAGAAAGAAAAUACCCGGGAUUGGGGAGAGACCCACGAUAAAGCACUGGAGGGGAUGAAAGAAUUGUUAACCUCCGCCCCAGUACUAGCCCCGCCAAAACUUGGAAAAGGGGGAACCAAGAAUACUCGUGCCAGAAAAUUUGAGAAAGAAAGUAAUGGAAGAGUAUCACAACGAUACACUGCAGGGGGGACAUCUGGGAGUAAAAAGAACACUAGAGAAAAUUAAAAGA